GCAAGGCAACCAUCCUCCCCAAGCAACAUGCUGCAUUCGGAGCAUCAAACGCACAGCCACAGGCAGACAUUAUUGCCUUGGCCCCCAAACAUCAAGCUGACACCGAGACUUGCAUCACAGAACCAUAAAACCAGCGGCUCGUUUCACAUUUGUGGACCGGCGAAAAUGGGAAAGAAACCCUGGAUGCACGAUGCAAGAGAACACUGCCGCACUGAAUCGUAUGGUCCUAUUUUCGGCGUAUGGUCGGUUUUGGCAUUGUGCACGUUCAACUCUAUUGUGAGGCUCAACCGCCAUCUGCUUUCAGAUGGAACGUGCUGUGCAUGUGGUCAUCUAGCCAAGUCGGCGUACUUGCAUGCAUAUUUACCACGUGCAUGCAAGAUUAUCGUUACUGUUUAA